GUUCAGGCGAAAGGUUUUUAUUCAUAUCGUUGAUCGAAGUUGUUCACUACCCCGCCACAGAGUAAUCGUUAAGCUGUGCUACCGUAAACAAAGCUUGACAUCAUGGCAGUGAAUAUAACAGAGUGGGAAAAAAGUGCAAUAGCAAAUAUAGAUAAUCUGAUUAACAAGUGCAAGUUACGAAUGUUCGCUUUCGAGAGAGAACAUCUCAUGUUAACUCAAAACGCCGGUGUCGAUCCAUUGGCAUUGAUGAUCCAAGAUCGUGCACCGCAAAGAUUGCGAUAUUUCGCGACAGACCUUUAUUCAGCUCUAGACUAUUUAUGUUACCUUUGUCAUUGCCAUUACCAGAACGAAGGUCGACCUAGUUAUUCCCAGGAAGCAAGAAAUGUGAACUUUCCUUAUAAAAUCCUCCGGGAAACUACUGCGGGGGGGCAGAGAGAGGUUUGCGAGAAAAAAGCAAACAACUUUGCAAAGAAAAGGUUCGAGACAAUAUUCGGUCCCUUGGAUGGAGCAGAGGCAGGAGGUCCAGCGCCUGGAGCAGAGGCAGGAGGUCCAGCGCCUGGAGCAGAGGCAGGAGGUCCAGCGCCUGGAGCAGAGGCAGGAGGUCCAGCGCCUAAUCAAAAUAUGUUAAAUGAAUUUAAACAAAUAAUCCUACGCUGUCAAAUAAAGACAAAGAUUGAUGGUAGUGGAUCACUAUGCGAUCAACAAGGCACUCCAAAUGAUGCAGCGAGGGAUUUCAACACGCUCCAUAUUCUACGCAACACUGCAGUUCACCGUAAUUUGGUUUUUGUGAAUGUCAAACCCGGUAAGUUAUAUUUCAACCGUCGGGAAGGAUACCACGAAGUUAAGCCAGGCGAAAUACCCGAAAGAGAGAAUAAUCCGGAACUUUGGCAAAGUUUUCCGAGUAAUCCCGGUUGUUGGAUUACAGUUCCUCCUCUUGGUCCGAGAAGAGAUUACACUCAAGAAAAGAUUCUUGAAGUUGCCAUACGCCUUGUCGAUUUUGUGAAGGAUACCCGAGAUGACCUGCUACAACUGGCUUUCCCUCAUCACUAUGGUACAGGGGAAAACUUCUCUGUUCGUCCAUUUGAUAACGGUAAAGUAAGACGCGGGAUGGAUGAUGGCGUGUACAUCGGGAAUAAUCCGCAUUACAGCUGGGAUAAAUUUGAUCAAGCCUGUUUUAUUAACCAAAAUAAUUUCGAUUUAUAUGCUGUUUAGAAGCUAUAAACAAAUUCAACAUUGUGUGCGAUUUCUCACAACUUUAAAAACAUUAGUUGCAUGCAUAACUAAAAGCUAGCUAACAUUAUACGAGUAUCGACCUAGUCAUGUUACUACUACCAUAUCAGUAAAUAAAUUAAUUGUAUUGUAUUGUAUUGUAAGGUCUGUUCACACGAUUUAAUUUUGUCGGUUUAUUCAUCUCUGAUGGAUGUUUUAUAGUCUUCGAACUUGCAAUGUACAUGUCAUGGGCGCGGCAGCAAUUCAACAAAAGCUACUGCGGUCUGCUUCAUCAGUAACACAUUCCAUUCCAUACGUCAGAGGUGAAUUAGAUCCAACAAAAUCGGGUCGUGUGAACAGGCCAAAUGCUCACUAUAGCUUUUUGGAGCCAUUGUCAUCAGUUGGAUUUUCCGGAAAAGCAAAUUGUGCGAUUUUAGCCACCGGUGUGUUUUAGUUGUAGUCCAUGUGAACUAUAAUAAUUUGAUUUUUCAGAUCAAGAAUGUUAAUUAAACUAUAUUAAG